AACGGCUGUGACAGUCCAAGGAUCUCCAACCGAAGGGGAGGUGGGGGUUACCGGUAUGCGAGCUUUGCGGCUUAUCAAAGGGGGAAAGCUGUUCGAGUGACGGGUGGAUCGAGGGUUCUUGUUGCUGCGGACAGAUACCGGAAUUAUGCUAUGAUUUCGGGAUGCCUUUCUGUUGUUUCUGACUUCUAUGGGCACCGUCCUGCGAUCAUGAUUCACCGCAGGAUUUCCUAG